AUGACCACCGCACCGCGAAACGACGACCUCUCGUCGACCAUCCUCGCCGACGCUCCGGCACCAGAUCGCGCGACCAGGACAGACGACCUCGAGGCCGCAAAGGACGCCAGCGCUGCGAGGGACACCGAAGCGAAGGACGGAGGGGCUGGAGAUGCACAGGCGGAGUGGCUCGCGUCGCCCGAGCAUCCCUGGAAUUGGCCGCUUUCGACAAAGUGGACCAACACGACGGUCAUCGCCAUCACCGGGUUCCUGAGCACGCUCGACUCGUCGAUUUUCGUGCCGGCCAUGCCCAUUCUCGAAGACCGCUACCACUCUUCUCGCGAAGUCAUCACCUUGACGACGUCGCUGUACGUCGCCGGUCUAGGAUGCGGUCCCUUCGUCAUGGCGCCCAUUGCCGAGCUGUACGGGCGACAGAGGGCGUACUCCAUUUCCAUGAUCGGAUUUACGAUCAUGAACCUUGUCUGCUGCUUCGUCGAUUCAUUGCCAGGCUUGAUCGUCCUGCGGUUCUUGUCAGGCUUUUUUGGAAGCAGCGGGCCAGGACUAGGAGUCGCAACCAUCUCGGACCUCUUCCGCCCGCAAGAACGAGGACGACCUAUCGCAAUCUAUGCGAUUGGCCCGAUGCUCGGUCCCGUCCUCGGCUCAAUCCUCGGCAACUGGCUGGUCCUGCUCGACUUCCGCUGGCCCUUCCGGCUAAUGACCAUCCUCAUCGGCCUCAACACACUCGCCGUACUUUUCCUCAUGCGCGAGACGUAUGCGCCUGUACUUGAACGCGCGUUUUUGGCGAGACGCAGCGGGAGGGGGAAGGCGGAUAAGCCGAGUAGGAGCCUGGCGAAGGCUGUUAUCAUUCGGACGUUCUCGCGGCCGCCGAGGAUGCUCUUUAAUCCAGUCUGCGCCCUGUUUGCGACCUACUACGCGUACACCUACGGCAUCAUCUACGUCUUCAUCGUCUCGCUUCCGCUUCUCUUCGCCAAGCACGACCCGCCAACGGGAAUCUUCACGUACGGCUGGCCCGCAGGCACCGCAGGACUUUGCUAUAUCGGAUUAGGAAUUGGAUUUGUCUCGUCCGCCGCGACUGCCGCCCUUUUUCAAGACCGCAUCUAUCAGUAUCUUUCGCGGAAGUACAAGAACCAAGGCGUGCCGGAGUAUCGCCUCGUCAUCACGCAGAUUGGCAUGAUCAUCUUCCCCAUCGGCCUCCUCAUCUUCGGCUGGACGGCGCAAGCGCAGACGCACUGGAUGGGCCCAAUGAUCGGCAGCAUCAUCUUCUCGUACGGGUUGAUGUUGACGUUUAAUAGCAUUCAGAACUUCAUCGUCGACGCCUUCGUCCCCUACUCCGCCGCAGCAAUGGCCGCCGCGACCCUCCUCCGUUCCUCAACCGGCGCAAUCCUGCCCAUCUUCUCACCUCAGCUCUUCAUCAACCUCAACUACGGCCUCGGCGCAACGCUCCUCGCUUGCGUCUCACUGCCCGCCGUCCCUGCACCGCUGAUCCUGUUCAUGAUGGGUGAGAAGCUGCGGGAUCGCUGGCGGUUCAAGGCGUAG